AUGACUUCAGACUUCACAGAGAUCUCAAGCAAGUCAUUCGAUUACAUUGUUGUAGGUGGAAGCACUGCUGGUUGCCCUCUAGCAGCGAACCUUUCAGAGAGAUUCUCGAUGCUAUUGGUUGAUGGUAACACAAAUCAAACUCAUGAAGCUUACCUCAACCAGCCAGACAGUUUAGGUAAAAAGGGUGAUGUUAUUUUGUCAGCAGGAGCAUUGGGCAGUUUUGAAAUCUUAAUGCUAAGCGGCAUUGAUCCAAAAAGUCAUUUUCAGAACUUUGGCAUCCCACUCAUGCUAGAUUUGGUAGAGGCUAGAAAGGAGAUGCAAGAUAAUCCAUGCAGAAGCACCAUAUACAACAACAAAGAGCAUCAAUUUCCAGAUCCUAAACAAGUUGUGGGCAUAGCAAAAGAUAACUUUAAUGCAUCACCGACACUAAUUGCAAUCAAGAUUGCAGUCCCAGAAUCAAAAGGAAAGCUGGAAUAG